AUGCUGGUCACGCAUUUCGAAGAUCCAACACGAAUGCUAAUGAGUACCGCAACCUCUGCGUCCCGGUUGGGUUUGGAACAUGACCAACACACGGAAGAUUGCGAUCUCCCAACCGAUCGUUACACUCCGCCACCACCAACAGCUCUGGCAUUACCGGCCGAAUCCGGUGCCGGUGGUAGCAGUAGUAACAGCAGUACAAGUAGAAGGCAUGCUGUAUUCUCACCUGGGAUGUCAAUACUUUCAGAUGCUGUCGCCUCUGAGGAUAUUUCAUUGAACAACAAACAGGAUUGCUCUACCCCAUCUUCAUCAUCGACAUCACAUAGUGAAGCGGUUCUAUCGCAAACAAUGCAUAAUUCCGUAUCUCCUCAGUCCACUGCACCGUCCAUCUUCUCCCCUAUGAUCUAUCCCACUGCGGAUGGAACUGUGGACGUUGCACUGUUUUCCGGUCAGCAACUAUACUCCCAAACCUAUCCGACUAGCACGGGUGAGAGUCGAUUAUCCAAACGGAUUGCCAUGAACUUUGACAACAACAACAACUCGGACGCGGAUGUGAAAGUAAAUAGGACUCAAGACCCAAUGCCCAUCCACUCGAAUGUGUGCAAUCAGUCUAACAUUUGCUCAGAUCGUUGUCGACUUGAGCACGCAACCCCCGUGAUAGUUGACUCCUCUGUUGGUUCGCAUUUGGAAUCCGCUUACUCUUUCGCUCAUAUGUUCUCGCAUAAACAGAUACGGGAUUUGUCCAACGCGGAUAUCCCGUUUACUCAGUACGAUACGAGCUAUGCAAUGCCCUACCUGACUUCCACUGCACGUCAGUCCACCACAACCGCACGAUCUGACUUGUCAUUUCCCUCACCGAAUACCUAUACGUCUGCGACCAGACAGACAGCAUUACCGUUUCUGCCCAGUCCAGAUCCGUUCGGGCGAAUGGUUCCAUUACAUGGACUCAGCUGCUCGGUGAGUGAGAACACAUUCCCCCCGUUGUCCACUCCCGGGUGUCAAUCCUCGGCACUACUUUCAACCAAAGACACGAUACCGGCCAGUUUCCGUUUCGAUCAUCCCAUAAACAGCAAAUCGGACGAACCGUGUCCUUCACCGAAUUCCGGACGAAUGGAAGCGUAUCACCGUCUGUACGACCAACUCACAGACGAAUCACCAAAUCAUCCAAUCAAUUUCGCUUUUGGGAUUUCCGGUUCCCACGACGAUGGUCUGACUGACACCAGCAGUGAGAGUCCACUGUUGCGGAAUAAAAAGUUACGCAAACCAAGAACCAUCUAUUCGAUCUGGCAGUUGCAAUUGCUCAAUCGUCGUUUUGUGCAAUCCCAAUACUUGAAUUUGACCGAACGAGCCAGUUUGGCCGCACAACUCGGUUUGACCCAGACGCAAGUCAAGAUCUGGUUUCAGAAUAAGCGAUCCAAGUUGAAGAAGAUUCUCCGACAAGGUCAAGAUCCGACAGCUUUUCUCAGCGGAAUUCUGAAUGAGGGGAUACAGGACCAAAUGGACAGCGAGGAAGAGGAGUUUCCCUCUCCUUCGGAUGCCACUCAUACGGUGAAAAAGUUUUCCGAGUCAAGUCAGGAUGAAACGGGCAAUGCGAUCGUGGAAUGUGAGAAAAGUUCCCAAUCAAUGCCUGUCAACUUCGCCAGAGAUACGGAACAAUCGGUCAGUUCACCGCAUUCGAACAAUGAGAAAAUAGCGAAUGGAGAACAGAUUGACCGCGUCACUGACCCCGACUCUCUGACCGCCCUGCCAUACGUAUGGAAUGCAUGGAAGCAGGUUUCGCCGAGGUGUGUUGAGGCGGACACUGUGAGGUCUAGUUCGCAUGGCGCCAGCGAAUAUGCCAACGCGGAAUCAUUUUCCAGUGACUGCCCACCUGGUCUGUCUACAUCCUCUUCCUCACCGUCGCCCAAAAGACUGAACGACCGCGAGCGUCCCUUUUCCGGAACAGUAGAUUCCGCCAAAUCCAAAGUUCAAUGCAAUUCCGAAAUCAAAGAUGUUGCCGGUCAAAAUUCGGAGUCAGCAGAAUCACAAUGUCUGGUUCAUCACUCCCAAACCGCCGAACUUACUGCGCCAGAUUCACCUAUUUCCAACAACAACCCUGAAGAAAAUUCCAACUUAAAAGAAGACCUGGAUCUCAUCGGACCUGUCACAUCUUGGGAUUCCACCCGAAGAAGUAUUCAAGCCAAUUUAUUCACGUCAGAUGCAUCAUUCGCACACCACAUAAACAGUUCCGGUCCGCAAUCAAUGAACGCUUGGCCUCCUGACGCUGCACACAAACUGACAUCCGAAUCCAACCGGCAAGUCUCUCAUCUUACGCAACCGAACAUCUCUCAGCAAUAUCUGUUCCAACCAACAGACUAUCCAUCCACGUCCGAGGAAACCCCAAAAUAUGAGCGUUGGCCGGGGACAAGAACGAGCACGGGAUCCCCAUCUGGGUUCGGUAUACCGCCAUUCGCUCAUGUUCAGCCACAGCGUGAACUGUUGGCACACGGAUAUAAUCUGACCCAGUCAGCCGCGUAUCCAUUUCACCACCCAUCGAUCCAAUUCAACACGUACCAACAUCUCAAUCGAUCCCUCUCGUCUUCACCGUCCUUCGUGCAAGCCUCUGUAGAUCAUCAGUUAAGCGGGCACUACCCAUUUGUACAACCCCAAUCGAUGACUCCCCCGGGCCUGGGUCACGAAUCCUACCAUUCGGAAACCAUGUACCGAUAG